AUGCUUCCAACCACGGAGUUGGUGCCGUCAUCUCACCUGCGUCGCCAAUUUGUUAUGACCCGCCUGGUACGUGAUGAAAUCAUCGGAAUCUCGUUUACACAGUUUCAAGCACUGAAAUCGAGUGUUGAAGAGGGACGAUUGCUCACCAGAAAACUGCGUACAAAGUUUCAUGCCCUAGUCCCUACCGGUGCGCAGCCCACGCAGACUUCUCCAGUUUCUCGCAACAAGCUCUCCAUCGGAACACCUGUCUUCGUUCGUGAUUAUCGAGCGGGGUUCCCAGACUGGAUUGAAGCAACCGUAGUAUCGCACAGAGGCAGUAUGCUGUUUGACGUCGACGUUGGUAAUGACAUCUGGGUUCGCCACCACAACCAGAUCCGACGGCGACAUUGCAGUAACACAACUGGGCUCGAUUCGGCGCCGUUACUCUCUCUUGACAUUCUACUGGAUACCUUCGCCAUUCCGGCAGAUCGGUCGGUUCCCGAACCCACUGCUGCGCCUCCUUCGGAUGUACCGCUUUCGGUAUCAGUCACUGCCCCCGGGUCUCCAGGCUACAAACCACAACUAAGACGCCGGACCAACCGCGUGCGCCGAUCAACACUGCCGAUGCAGAUCAAUCCACGCCAAAAGCGGUACUGA